AUGCAGCUAAGCCAGCUCCAUCAACCGCCUCCACAACCGCAACAGCUACAUCACUACCAACAUCAACCGUUGCAAAAUCUGCAACCGUCGCCUAUCUGUCAACUGGUGUGGAACGGCACCGGGGGACAUGUCCAACCGCCGCCGGACCAUGCUGUCGGUGGAUCCUUCUCCUCUUCAUCCUCCUUGUCGUCAUCCUCAUCAUCCUCAUCGUCGUUGUCAUCGUUUUCGCCACCGGGGAUGAAUCCGGUGCCGUCGUUUCCGCAUCUCCUUCCACGCCAUCCAUCGUCAAUCGUGGCACAGCCUCAUCCGAUCCAGUAUCAUCAUCAUCUGUUUCAUCCACAGCAACAGCCGCAACUGCGGCCGAUCGUUCAGCAGCCAUUCCUUCCUCCACCGGCUCCGACUCGUUUCCGGUAUUUCAACUAAAAGAUAGUCGUCACCACCGCGGUGACGACCGGCGGUGUAAUUAAGGCAGAUAAAUUCCCAAUAAAUUACAACCGUUCUUAUAAAUAUAUGAAUUAUAAAUCAAGUUUUUUACCUUUGCCAAUCGUUUACGGAACACCGAUUGCGUGAUCGUGAAGAGGUAUCUUCGGUAGCUACAUACACGGUGGCAUGUUCAAUCUGGGAUUGGUCUCUUUUCGCAAGUAGCAUGGCGGCAUUCUUCAUUAUCCAAAAAAGUGGACUGCAAUACACUGCGCACACCCACAUAUUAGUCUGAUAUGUAGAAUGUUAACACUGCGGAAUUAAUCUUAAAUAAAGUUAACGCCAUUUCUAUACAAGUUGAAAAUAAUUUAAAUUCUUCCGAUUCUUUCAGAAUACCACAGUUUGUUUUCGUACACAAUGAGAACUUUCAAUUAUGUAAAAUCGCGUUUAACCUAGGAGAGUAUUUGGCAUUAUGAACAUACAACUCGUACUAAGAAAAUAAUCUCAAAUGAAUUGUUGAAUUCAAUAAUUUCAAAAAUUCUUCCAGUAAUUGCUUUUGUUUAAAUCAAGAUAAAUUAGCGAAACAAUAUUAAAUGUUAGCGAACAGUGAUAUUUCGGGCAGGCCGGGAAAGUGGCUACAGUUAGCCUUUUUGGGCCAAUGAAGAAUUAUACCAAUAGCGAUGCGUAAUGAGUGAGAGACUCAAGGUUGAAGAAGCCAUCCCUCAGUCAGCAGUGAGUUUGAUAGCUCGUCACAGUUAGGAGAAUAACGGAAAUCGGUGACUAAAUGUUCAUUAAAGAUUAAAUACUAACUAAUAAUAAAAAAUACUAAUAGCAUACUGACCGAUGAUAUAAGAAGAGCAAAACUAUUUUAAAGAUUAAGAAACAAAACCAUUUUUGAAUCGAGUUUGAACAGAUUAAAUUCCAAACGAAAAAGUAUAGAUUAACGAAACACAAACACAUACAAACAGAUAGUCGAGCGAAUCGCAUUUCGAAAUUUCAAAUCGAAAAAAGCUGUCGUGUAGAUACGGCGAUUAAAACAGUGUGAGCGUUCUCAAAGCAUUACUUGAUAAGAAUUAUAUGAUUAUGAAUUAUUAACUGAUUAAACUUGUUGAUAUAGCAACUUGCGUGUGAUGCAGGACACGCCGCCCAGUUUGUCCUCUUCCCAACGCAGCGCAUCUCACCAGCAUCAUCGACAUCAAACUAAUCUAACCACCAUUGACGUGAUUCGUUCGCGGUGAAGGUUCCCAAAAGCAUUUUGUUUUACGUUUUUCUGUAUUCUGAUUUGCGUAGUGCCAAAUAUUUGAGCCGCCCCUAGUAAAUAAUCCUUCGUUUAUCGUAAUAUGGCAUCUUCAUCCAUGGUUAGUACUCACAAGGUUUUCCAGUCUUUGUACUUAAUUUGCAUACUAACCUAGAAUUUACUGAACGUAUUUCUGGUUUCCAACAGAUGCAUGCCGAAUUGAACAAUGAUUGAUGAAUCCAUUGGUAUAGCAACGACCGUCUGCUGUAGCUGAAAUGCCAAGUUGCACAUUUUUUGUGUAUUUAAUUUCAGAAGCUUAAAUGUGACUGUAUUUGGUAAUUUAAGUUUUGCAUAAAUUUAUGUUGAAAGUGUUUGCUACUAGGAAAUCGAUUUAACAGGAUGAUGCAAUAGUUUAUUAGACUUCUCAGGUUUUUAUAGCAUUUCGUUUAUUCGUUGACGUUCCUCACUUUAAAACUGAGGUAUGUUAAAUUUUUGAGAAAAACUGAAAACUAUCAGCUAAAAGAAAUUCUUGGUGAUGCACUUCCGAUUUGGUCAACCUCAGGGAACAAUUUAAAAGAAGUUGGAAUUGUCAUCGCCAGCUAGAGCGGAGUUGUUAAAUUUCCUUAUGUGUAAUACAUUUUGUAAAGAAUAUUUUUGGAGUAUUUGAAUCGCUCCUUGUAAUUAUUGAGGUUUACUUCCGUAAGCUAAGGCUGUUCUUUUUAUUUACUGAAUAGACUUUUAUUUAAUGAAUCAGAAUUACGUCGCAAUUCGAAUUCAAGUCAUAGUUCAAUUCGGCAUGAAUACCUCUUUUUCAAAUGUUGAAACAAAUUCAUUCAAACUUAUGUUCUCCGCCUUCAUCGCGAGAUUAGAUUAAUUAUAGGGCGUUAUUAUCGAAUAUACCAUUAAUGUAGUCCGAGAGUUUCAAUCAAACGGCGCGAUAACUGACGACGAAAGCGUCGUAAUAGAGAACAACAACAACAAUAGAAAGUCUUUGUUUGUAUUCUUAAUGUAACGUAAAACAAAUCACACAUACACACACUCCAGUAGUAGCAACAAAAACAGCAGUUUUUCAGCAAACGUAAAUCCAACCGAAAACCAAAAUCUCACUGAGAAAUUUUAGUUAGAAAUAUUUAUGUAACAAAAUUCCGACGCGAGAAAUAUGCUUUAAUAACAAUACAACUUUCGAUAACAAGAGCGAGAACAAUAGAGAAAACAUAAUGAAUAUAAAAGAAGAAAAUAUAAUAGAGAAAAAGAAACCGACAGAAGGACGGAUCGUAGUUGAUUUUAAACGCAAAAGAAAAAAAAAAUCCAGGAUGAAAAUAUAAAUCAUAAAAAAUCAAACUGACACAGCUACCUUGUAAUAAGUUUUAUCACCCCCUGUUGUGAAGCAGUCCACUGAUGAAGUUGAUCGAGUUCUUACGCCGCUUUCGUUCUCUUCGUGGGUUCAAUUACUGAAAACAAUGUUACAAAGAAACGCUAGUUUACGAUAAUUUUUUUUAACUCAAGUAACGUUAAGGCACUGAUGUUUCGUUUUUUAAAGAGGGUUCGAAUUUUGUUCGUACAUAUUUCGGCUUUCGUCUUGUUUUAAUUUUGUUGGGCAAGUAAUAUUACCGUGUUUUCUGAUUUAUUUUUGCGGUAGACAACUGAAAAGAAGUGAAAGUUAAUUAAAUGUUUUCAUAUCAGAGAGCGAAAAAUAUAUAUAUUUACCAUUUAGAGCCGUAACAGACAAAAGAAAAACUUAAAGCCUGUUCAAUGAA